UCAAGGCCUGCCAGUGGACGGAAGCGCAGUGAGCGCAGAGCUGUUAGUGUCUUCAAGUGGAAAGCAAGAAGAAUACAACGUUCUGUUGUGAGAAGGGAUCGGUCCUUUGUUAAAUCUGCCCUUGACUUGUCUGCGUAUCUUUUGAGAGGAUAUUUGAAAGUGAAUUUCUACUUGAAUGACCAAGACAAAGUCAGCACCGUUUUCAUCAUGAACAGGAAUAAGCGUGAGAAAGAAUAUUACAGCAUUGAUGUAGGAGAUUCAACUUUCACAGUUUUGAAGCGGUAUCAGAAUUUAAGACCAAUUGGAUCUGGAGCACAAGGCAUCGUCUGCUCAGCGUACGACCACGUCCAUGAACGUAAUGUUGCAAUUAAGAAACUUAGCCGACCAUUUCAGAACCAAACCCAUGCCAAACGGGCUUACCGAGAACUGGUCCUUAUGAAAUGUGUUAACCACAAAAAUAUAAUUGGCUUACUAAAUGUGUUCACGCCACAGAAGACACUUGAAGAAUUCCAGGAUGUUUAUCUAGUGAUGGAGUUGAUGGAUGCUAACCUGUGCCAGGUGAUUCAAAUGGAGCUGGACCAUGAGAGACUCUCCUACCUGCUUUAUCAGAUGCUUUGUGGAAUCAAACACCUACAUGCUGCUGGCAUCAUACACAGGGAUCUGAAGCCCAGUAACAUAGUAGUAAAAUCUGACUGUACACUGAAGAUUCUUGACUUCGGUCUGGCCCGCACUGCUGCUACCGGCCUUCUCAUGACCCCUUAUGUAGUGACACGCUACUAUCGUGCCCCUGAGGUCAUUCUGGGCAUGGGUUACCAAGCCAACGUUGAUGUCUGGUCUAUUGGCUGCAUCAUGGCUGAAAUGGUCAGAGGCAAUGUGUUGUUUCCUGGCACAGACCAUAUUGACCAGUGGAACAAGGUAAUUGAGCAGCUGGGCACGCCAUCUCAGGAGUUCAUGGUGAAACUGAACCAGUCUGUGAGGACUUACGUGGAGAACAGGCCCCGCUAUGCUGGCUACAGCUUUGAGAAGCUCUUCCCAGAUGUGCUGUUCCCUGCAGACUCCGAACACAAUAAACUAAAAGCAAGCCAGGCGCGAGACUUGUUAUCCAAAAUGCUGGUAAUAGAUGCGUCGAAACGAAUCUCAGUGGAUGAGGCCCUCCAGCACCCCUACAUCAACGUGUGGUACGAUCCAUCAGAAGUGGAAGCACCUCCACCGGCGAUCACGGAUAAACAGCUUGAUGAGAGAGAACACACAGUGGAUGAGUGGAAAGAGCUCAUAUAUAAGGAAGUGCUGGACUUGGAGGAGCGGACAAAAAAUGGGAUGAUCCGAGGACAGCCGGCCUCACUAGGUUCAGCAGUGAGCAAUGACUCCCAGGAGCCCUCGACGUCAUCCUCCUCCAUAAAUGACGUCUCGUCUAUGUCCACCGACCACACCUUGGCCUCGGAUACACACAGUAGUCAGGAGACCUCUAAGGGAGCACUGGGCUGCUUCAGAUGACUAUUCUCAUUCCUCCAGUCCCUGCUACCACCUGUUUUAACUGGCACAGCAUACACGUCAGUUUGGAAACAUGUCCUCCUUUCUUUUUAAACUGUUAAGUUCUUUUGAAUUGACAAAAAUAAGAGCAGAGGUAAGAGUUUUUGACGGCACCUUAAAAGCUUUUACACCAAACCAGCAUUACUCUGAUUACUUUAAUGGUAUUCUUUUUGUACUUUGAUUUGACAUCAGAUUAAAGCUACUACUACGUCAUCUUGCCAUUUGGAUGUGGAAGGGUUUGAGUUUAUUUGUAAAGAUAAAUGGUAUUUUGGGGAUGUUUGAUUUUUCAGGUUUGCAGAGAGCCAUUUUAAUCACUAAUUAGUGGAGGUUCGUGAUGUGACACAUCCAUCUUCUGACUAAAUGUCGGCAAUGAGUAUUCCCACACUGUUACUACUGUUUUGGAGUCAGUGGUGUCAUAAAAUGCAUCGGAUCGCAGUUUGUUCAACUGCAGAUUUAGCGACACUUUGUUUUGGUCUAAGAAGCAAAGAUUGUUUAAAAAUGAACUUUUACCUAAUAGCAUUUAGUUCGUUAUUUGAAAAACAGUCGUUUAUUUGGUUGUCUUAAAAUACAAUUAAAAAAGUGCUUUUAUUGUCUUUAAGUUACUCUUUUCUUUUAUUUCUAAUUUUAGUACACAAGAUAUGCUUCACCUAGUCUGUAAAUAUUUCAUCCUAAAACAACGAAAACAGUAACUUCCUUCAGUGUGUAGCCCAGUACAGGAAUACAAGGCAAAAUGUUCUUCUUCUAAAGCUCUUGUUUUGAACAGUUCAGUAUAUGAUAUGAAACUGAAAUUGGGUAUUUGGCUUGUAGCAAUAUGUGAAACACCCAAGGCUUAUGAAUUUACAGUACUCAUGUUUGAUUUACAACUAGGAGACCUGUAUCUAUGUGAUAUCAUGUUAUGAGAAACAAAAAACUGCUCCCAAAGGUGAUCUGAUGAAUGCAAUUUAGGAUAUAGUGAUCAUGGUAAAUGGAUGAAGACAUAGUCUGCAGGUUCCCAAUGGAUCCCCAAGGAACCACUUCUUUUUAAUAGACUGUAGUGGUUUAUGAACAGCUGUGUAAUGCCCAUAAAAAGAUGGGCCUCAAUUUUCCACUCUAAUUUUUGGGAAAAUAUCACAUAUUUCAAAUGUUAUGCAUUGUACAAAUUUAAUGUUCAGAAUGUAAUUAUACGUUUACAAUAAUUAAUGUAAUGUAAACUAUCCUCCUACUGUACACUUUAUGAAAAAAUACAACAAAAUCCUUUUGAACUGAAAUUCAUGCUAAAUUUAGAAAAUGUCGAUAUUCAACAUUGGCUUAAUACCUAGGGAUUUUGAUUUUGUGUAUAAAAUGGAUUAAGUGCCUGAGUCCAGCAUUCAUUCCUGAAUUCGAAAGAUGGAGAAAUUUUGGUGAGGUUUAUCAAAGUAAUACUGUUCAUAUCAUGUGGUGUCUAUUUUUCUAUUGUAUUGGUAUGCCGUAGAUUGAAAGGGUAAAACAUACUGAGAAGAUAAAGAUGACUUUAUCAUGACACAUAUGAUCUGUUCAUUUGUAAAGGGAAUUUUCUUCAAACGAGGUCUUUCAUCAAAGUAAUAGGAAACUGGAAAUUGGUUCUUUUUGGUGUGUUUGAAUAUGGUUUGCAGUUUUAUUUUGUUGACGGAAAUAUGUAAGAUAUUGCAUCAAAUGCUGUAGGUGUCUGGGGACUACUUUUCCCAUGAGGCAAUGUAAUGGAAUGUAAAUGCGUAUGUGGUGAUAGCUGGGGAUGUAGGAAAAGGUUAUCGUUUGCAUAAUAAUUGGCCUACAUAUUCUGAAUUUUAUUUGACAAAUUAUGAUUAUAAUUUUUAUUCUUUCAUUUUAAGUGCUCUUAUUUGUCUUUGUUCUCUUUUGGGAAGUUAAUUAAUUUUAACAUAGGUUUUGUUUUUUGUCGCAUUUGAUUUUAUCUCAUCUCUCAAACAUUUUAAAAUUCAGAUCAAAGUAGGCUUUGAUGAACUACCUCACUCUAAAUUUCUACAUUUUUAUAAUUUUGUUUUGGCAACAUAGCUGCCCGUAAGAUGUUAAUACAGAUUUCAUUAUUUAUUUAUUUCGGAAGUGAACUAUUGUCAAUAGUAGGUAACGUAUAGUUUUGUACAUUAUGUAUACUUCGAGAAGUAAAAGAACUGAAAUGUAAAUUUGAUCUUUUCAUUUAAUUUUCUUUGUAUUCAUUUUUUACAGUUCAUGUGCAAUACCCACUGCUGUCAUGCUAGUUGUAAAUUGAUAGAUCUAGACAUGUUAGUUUGAUGCACCCAGAGGUCGAGAUGUUUGGUACUUUGGUCUUUUAAAUCUGGAUUGUAUUUCUUAUGUUUGGUUGAUUAUCAUAGGCAUGAUGUUACAAACCUGUCUUACCAAAAACUGAAAAUCUAUGGCUGACAUUUGUGUUAGGAAGGUGUUAUGAAUGGCUAUUAGAUUUAUUAUUAUUUUUUUCUCGACUUGGAAAGGCCAAUUCAAAAGCAUCUGUAAAAUAUCUUGAAUUACCAACUUGUUAAUAUUUGUUGCUGGUAUGUAAUAUUUGCUAGCAAAGCCAGCCCUACAUAUAGUUGUAAGUAUUUUCUAGCUCUGUGUGCACCCUGAACAGCAUACAGAUUAUGAGAAGUGCACUACUACAGAGAAUGCACUGGGAUAUUAUGAUACCAACAUGAACAUGUACUGCAAAUAAACACUUCAGUUUGAAUCAGAACCUUUUUCCCAGCUGUCUCAUGGCGAUUCAAUCUAUUUUCCCAAAUGGGAGCUGUGUUAAUUAGAGAUAACAAAACAGUACCACAGAAUUCUCAAAUUCAGCAUUACAAAAAGUACAGAGUUUUCCAUUUAAUGUAGGUAUUUGAAUAAUUACAUAGCACCACAGUGACACUUGAUAACAUUUCAGCACAACACCGAAGACUAUUUGUCAUGUAUGACCACGGUAUAAUAGUCUAAUAAUGAUGAUGAUGAUGUAUAACAUCUUCACACAUUCUAAACAGACAUUGAAGUCUUUUGUAAAAGCAGUUGAUCUAGAAACAAAUCUAAAAUGCAAAUGGAUUGAUAAGUGAAACUUGAGCAGCGAAAGAUUCUUUGCUAGAGGGCACAAUAGUGAUGUCAAGUUUCUGGGUCUCUUUCUUUUAAGGUUGAACCUGAAACCUUUGUAUUUGCAGCCUGGUAAGUUAACCAUUAGGCUAAUACCCAUCAUGCUAGUGUAGUGCCAACUACUAGUACGCAAUCAGAAAAUUGUUGAUCACAGAAUUAGCUGAGCAUACAACGUCUUUAACAGUAUUCAAGCAUUUGAACAUCCACAAAGCAUUCCUAGAUUUCUUUACACUUAAAUUAAAUCAAAUUAGACCAGUCACAUUUCUAACUUUAAUUUUGCUUUAUGAAAAUGGCACUAUCACUAUUGACAAUCUUAAAAUACCACCCAAAAUGCAAGAAAAUUUAUUCAAUGCGAAUAUCUAGAGCUAUUUUAGUGACAUUAGCAACAUUAUGUUUUCCAAAAUGAGAUCUCAACAAAGGCACUGUCCCACUUUCCAUAUAAUUUACAUGUUUUUCUGAGGCAGUGGUCUGCUUAAUGUGCCAAAGCCAACAGAACUGGCUGUUGUUUUUAAAUGGGCCUUGAUCAUGCAAAAAGUGCAUGAUUCCACUUGAACAAAUGUCUUUACUAAAUUCAGAUGUUCCAUUAUGUUUCUUUGCCAUCUGAAAACUCCAGAAAACGCUUUAAAACAACAGAUGGUCAAGGGUUAUAAGAAAUGCUACAUUGCUGGAAAGGGGGGAUGGCUUUGCUUUAUGUCCUUGGUAGUUUUUUCAAAUAUUACUGUGAAAGUGGCUGACAAUAAAACGAUAGUUCACUUAAAAUGGAAAAUUCCGUCAUCAUUUACUUCCAUGUAACAUAAAAUUAGGCAGAAUAUUAAGACCCCCACACACUCAAGGCCAAGUGCUUUUUCGUCCUUUGCUCAGAGCCAAAAAUAAGUUUGAUACAGCUGAGCAACAACAUACUGUUUGCGAACGUUAAAAAACGACACAUCAUUGGGGGAGGCGUUUAGAAAUGCAUUUAAAUAUGAGGACGCUCAAGUUGUUCCAAACGUGUAAAAAUCAACUAAUAGGACAUUAAAAUGUGCUAUCAAUGACUUCAUGCCUCAUUCUAUGAGUAGAUGAUUACACUCUGUUAUUGUAAUUUGUGAUGACAAGGAUACUACUGUAAAGAUGGGAUUAUAAAAGUGUGUUUAUGGGUAGAAUACAGACAAAAGAAUGAAAAUAUGCAUAUCUUACUUUGGGCAGAUGUGUGAAUGGAGACAGAGCAACUUACAUUUUUAAAACAGUGAGCAUAACAUUAAGUUUGGUGGUGAAGGUAGAAUAUUCAGGCUUUUGAGCAUGCUCAGUUUGAUCACUGACCUUCCAACAACCGCCCUCCCCCCACACAUCAGAUGUUAUAUUUUAUAUUAUUUUAUAUUGUCAUUACCAUAAUAGCUAACAAAAUAUUUUUUGGACUAUAACAGCAUAUGAUGGUCCAUUUAGGUCACCUCUGUGAAAUGGAAGUUUACAUUUUACUGUUGUAAGUCUAUAAAGUCCGACUCUACCAUGGAAAAUCAGGAAAUAUGUCAAUGGAAAGGUCUUGAAAACUCAUGGGUCAAAAUCUGUUGUUGUUGCAUCUGCUACUGAACAUGCCCACUGGAGAAGCAUUGUGGCUGAAGACACUACCCACAAUGCCCUAUGCUUGAAUUUAUUUAAGUCUGUUUGGUCAAAGUGUGAUCACUUAUGAGGACAUAUAAAUCAUUUGU